GGGGGUGACGGGGAGGAGGAGAGAAAGCGACGGAGAGGAGACGAGGAGGAGGAGGGAGGAGGCUGGGCGAUGGACAUGGCUUGGCUUCUGGCGGUGAUCGCUGCCGCGAGCACCGCCCCCACCCACGUGCUGCACGUGGAGGUGUCUCGCGUCUCCGCGCACUUCGCCACCGUCUCCUGGGACCUUCCUGCCCAGGGCGGCGACGACGUCAUCGGCUACGUCAUCUCACAGGAGAGGCGUGAGGCUCAGUCGCGGCGCGUCAUCGUGGAGGUGAAUACGACGGAGCGGGUGUGCACCCUGUGGGGGCUGCAGCCCGACAGCGACUACGCGGUGCGCGUCUCGGCGCUGACCCCCAGCGGCUCGGGCCCCGCCAGCGAGCCGGUGACCUUCCGCACGCCGGGGCCCGGGCCGCCGCGGCCCCACGCGGGCGGCAACGGCAGCCGCCACCUCGUCGCCGUCGGGGCGGCGGACGAGGCGAGGAGGAGCGGGGCCGACGGGACCUCGUCGUCGCUGGGACUCGCUCUGUUCUCCCGCGACCUCGCGGCAGGGAGGACUUUGGACGAUCGCGCGGCAAGAGGGGACGUGAACGUGAAGGAGCUCAGGAGAAAAAGGCCGGAGCUCGUGGCCGGGGAGUUGUUCAUCAUCAGCAUUGUGCUCCUCAUGUGGGCGGCGGUCAUCGGCCUCUUCUGCCGGCAGUACGACCUCAUCAAGGACAACGACUCUGUGCGGACUUACCAUGACAAGCAGGCGGCCACGGAGGUACCGCUGCUGCCGCCACCGUCAGCGGCACCGCCAGCACUGCCGGCUCGAGCGGUGGCGGCCGCCCCCUCCGAGCCACUGCACGGCAAGCACGUGACGGUGGCCCCGGUGAUCAGCGUUAACGAGAUGUGAGCCACUCUGCGCGGGGGACGACGACGCGGGAAGACGAUGCGGCGAUGACGACACGCGGGGGACAACGUCGGGACUGCGGCCAGCCGAGGCUGCUCGGGCCCUUGAGGAAGCCGCCCCUCCACCCCGAACGCUUCUUCUCAACGUCGAGAAGACGGACGCGGCCGAGGCUCGGGAGAAGCGAGGAAGCGGCAAACAGGGCCUCUCCUGGAUCCGGCAAAGCGUUGCCGAUGGCCGAUGGAAUUCAAGUUAUUCUACGUGUUAAACGGAAUUCACGUUGUCGUACUCCGCCGAUGAAAUGGGCUCGCUACUUUAUGUAUUGCACACAACAUGGGUUGUAGAGUGAAAAGCGUAUGUGGGUACGUAUAUGUAUUCAGCAUGGUCAAAUAUGUGGUUUUACAUAUAUAUUGUGAUCGAGCUGGCGUGCGUUCCUCGAGCGACGGUUCGGUGUUGACGUCGGAGGGCAGAGAAGCCGACGCGCCACGAUUAACUCUCAGUGCUGAGCCUCGUCAUAGUCACCGACGGGGCUCCCGACACGAGGGUGCACCGGCGGUGGUGGAAGAAGUGUCCACCACCUUUCCAGGAUUGAGCCGAAGACUCCUGAAAUUGGCGCCAUUUAUACCGAGAUGUGGUACCGGCGUUGCCGUACUGAGCUUUGUCACAGGGUACUUGGGCGGUGCUGACGAUGGAACUAGGUCAGGGGUCGGCAAACCGGCAGCUCACGUUAUUUAUUUAUGGCAGGGGUGGGGAACGUCCGGCCCGCGGGCCGUAUAAGGCCCACGGAAUCAUUUGGUGUGGCCUUGCCAAGGCAACCGCAGGCGGGACUCGAAAUUUAAUAAAUCUAGGAGCAAACCUGGAAAAGCAUUUGCAAGUAGCAACAUCAUCAAUACCAGCGAACAUCACACGCCUCACCAAAGAGAAGCAGUUCCAGCCAUCGCAUUAGGGGCGAGUUAAUUAAAUGUUUGACCAAAUAUAACAGGCAAAUUCUCAAGUUGAUUAUUUUGUAUGGCCCGCGAAUGAUGUUAUAAAUAUCCAAAUGGCCCAUGGCAGAAAAAAGGUUCCCCAUCCCUGAUUUAUGGGAAUCACCGUCUCGUAUGCAACCGAAUUUGAAGAAAAUGGCUCUCGUUAUUUUUUGGUUUCCGACCCUCGGCGGAGGUUAAUAUCAAAACUGCCGACCCUUGACCGAGUGCCAACAAUGGCCUCUUUAGGGCACGCUGGUGCAGCAGGGUGGAAGGGCAGCGGGCACGGGAGUGGCAAACCCACGAGGUGUUAGGUGUUAACUGCAAUAUUUAUCGCAGGUAAUCUAUGAUUUUAUGUACAUAUUAUGCUGUACACAAAUAGUGCGUUGUUGCAGACAUUGCCCACUCGGCGUAGGUGUUGGUGGUGUUCUGUGCGGCGUCGGCGGCGUUCGGAGUAACAAGGGGGUCGAGAGGUUUGUCGCUUUUUUCACGAGACCUGUUGGAGUGCCACUGAGCGGGCGGGACGUAGGAGGCCGAAUGUCACCGGACCUGUCGACGCGUGGUGCAAUGCCUCCCGUACACGUACCUGUAAUUACAUACCUGUCAACCUCUUAUCAGUGCCCCCACCUUAUUACACACCAAUUCAGACCUUAUUGGUCACCCCGUGCCGUUAUAUUUCUCACCGUUCAUCCUACAAAGUCCCAUCAGGAGGGAGAAACACACAUAUAUAGACAAAAAAUAAUAUUUUGCCCAUAUUGAAACGGCUGUAUGCCGUAUGGACCUGAAAACUCAAUUAUUCCUGCACAUGAACUACGGGGUAAACCGUAUGGGUUGACAGGUAUGCGUAUACACACACACACACGCGUACUGUACGGCACCGUGACUGCACAUGUAGUGCGUGUUGAGAUCGCAGCGUGAAGAACAACAACAAUACUAAUAAAUGCCGCCGAUCGCGAGCCACCUCUCCGUGCCCAGCCUCUUGACCCCACGGCAGCUCGCACGCUCGGCCGCGGCCGCCGCCGUCGCUGAAUUUGU